UCGUCCUCUUAAAUUUGUGGUUUUUAAUUUUCAUGCUUCUCUGUUUUAUUUGCUCUAUUUUUUUAAUUAUUUUUUUCAUUUUCAAUCUGCAACUGUUAAGAGGCCGUUUGCGCAUUUUAAUGUUUUUUUUUUUUUUGGUUGGAAAAAUUGAAAGAUUUUACGAACUGUUUAUUUUUUUUGGGUGCGUUGGGUUGAGAGAGAGAGAUGUCACUGGCCUCAAAAGCCUCCAUUUUUAUUUUAUAUUUCACCACCAACAGAAGGGAAAAAACGAUGUAUGAGAGCUUUACGCACUUUCAUACUCUGCUACUCCAAGAGCUAUAUUUGGGGGUUUGAUAUUCAAUUGGGGGCUCUCUAGCAAAUCAAUAUUAUGAUUUUGUAAGAUAACGAUAUUAGUUUAUAUGGGAAGGAGGAGAGUCAAGAAAACUGUAAAACAAGCUUCCAAAUCACCCUGGGGUGAUCUGGAUGGUGUGGAAGUAAAAGGGCACCACGAGAAGCAAGAAGCUCAAUUUACAGACCCAGAUGUUGAGCGACAAAUUGCUGCCAUUAGGGCUAUGCGUGAUGUGGAGAUCGAACAGCUGCUGACUGAAUUAUGUUUGCUUCGAUCAUAUUUCAACAAGGAGCAACUGCAGACCCCUAUAUUGGAAAUUUUUGGUGAAAACCUUCCUAACCUGUCAGUGUUGAGAGAGGGAGAAAAUAAACAAAUUGAAGUGCAAUGGAACUCUAAAGAUCAAAAUAUCUCUAUGAAUGAUGGCAAAGAAAUACAAGCUUCCCUUCUUCACCGACUGUCCACAGUUUAUUCUAACUACUCUGCUGCAAUCCCAUCUUUGGGUGGCUUUGAAUUUUCUGGCAAAGCAGUGAAAUCAAGGCUUCUAGGUGCUGAUAAUCUGCAGAUUAAAGACUUUGUUCUGGAGGAGCCAUCUGAAACGCAGAUCCUAGGGAUGCAGGAUGCUCUCCAGACUCCUGGGGUGACUAGCCAGAGGCUUUCUUUUGGGAUGACACCUAAAACACUAAGGCUUCCAAAGCCUGGGGAGAUGCUUUUAUCUGUCCAUGGCUCACCCCUUGGUGUUUACAAGGAAGAAAACAUGGAAGCCAUACAUGAAUCAGAAGAGGGUUGACAGGGAAAAUUCUCUAGUUAGUCAAACAUGACACAGACUAGUAGCUAACUCGAGGAAUUUUCAUGUACAUCCACCAGAAUUUGUUUCCUGUCACAUUUUAAUGAACUAAUACUUUUUGUAAUUUAAUUUGUGACAAAGAUAGUCUAGUAUAUUUCUCGAUCUAUUUUACCUUGUAAAUUUUCUUC